AUGUUAAAGCAAACUUCCUUCCCGAUGCCAAUGCAAACACUGCACACGGCUCAAAUUCUCUGUUGAUGUGGUCAACGCGUCCUCCAUGUUGACGUGCCGGCUAUAUGAGCUGCCAAUUGUGUAGGAAAUACUUUACUUUUGCUGUAGAUCUUUCUCUGCAAUUCCUUUGUGCUCUCUCUCUCUCUCUCUCUCUCUCUCUCUGUCUGAUUCUAGAAGUUCGGGCUAACAGAGAUGGCGUCAACCUCUUCUUGUCGUCAAUGUAAAUACGAUGUCUUUCUAAGUUUCAGGGGGACAGAUACCCGCAUGGGUUUUACCGGUCAUCUGUAUUCUGCACUAAUUCAGAGAGGGAUUCUCACCUUUCGGGAUGACCCAGGGCUUGAGAGAGGAAGAUCCAUUAGGCCUGAACUUUUAGCUGCAAUUGAGGAGUCCAGAUGUGCGAUUGUUAUUCUCUCAUGGAACUAUGCUUCUUCGUCAUGGUGCUUGGACGAACUCGUCAAGAUUAUUCAAUGCAUGAAAGAGAGGGGCCAACAAGUCUUCCCCGUCUUCUUAAAUGGCGCGGAUCCUUCUGAUGUGCGUCACCAAAGGGGACAUUUUGAGCUCAAAAGCAAAGCCAAAGUAGAUGUGGAAGUAAGGGAGCAUGAAGAAGUUUAUGGGCAGAAUAAUGAGGACAGAGUAAAUGCGUGGAGAGCUGCUUUGACACAGGUCGCCAAUCUUUCUGGCUGGGAUGCCAAGAAGUAUUCGUUCACUGAAACAAGAAUAAUUGAGGAAAUUAUUAAUCAUAUACUAAAGAACUCCGUGUAUACAUCUGCAAGUGUUGAUAAGGGCUUCAUAGGAAUGGAUUCCCGCAUUGAUGAUUUAUUAAGCAAUUACAUAUGUCCGCAGCUUGGUGGGGUGCGGUUUAUAGGGAUCCAUGGCAUGCGGGGCAUAGGUAAGACAACACUUGCUCGAGCUAUUCAUGAUGAAAUUCGUCAGGAUUUUGACCGAGCCUACUUUCUUUCCAAUGUCAGAGAAAUGUCUAAAAACAAUGGCCUAGUUUCUCUUCAAGAAAAACUUCUUUCCGAAAUCCUCAUGGCAAAAAUUAAAAAUAUAGAGCAUGAAGACACAGGAGCUGCUAUGAUAAAAAGGCGGUUGUGUAGAAUAAAGGUGCUUGUUGUUAUUGAUGAUGUGGAUCAGUUGACACAAUUAGAGAAAUUGGCUGGAAGUCGCAACUGGUUUGGUCCAGGGAGUAGAAUUGUCAUAACCACCACAGAUGUUCAGUUGUUAAAGGCACAUGGUGUUGAUGCUACAUACAGAGCUAACGGGUUAAACUGUGAUGAAUCACUUCAACUUUUGUGUUUGAAGGCUUUUAAGAAAUGUCCCCCACCAGAAGAUUAUUUGCAUCUGUGCUACAAUAUUUUAGGGUAUGCUAAGGGGCUUCCGUUGGCUCUCGUGGUUUUAGGUUCUUUUUUAUUCGGUAGAAGUACUGAUGAAUGGGCAAGUGCAAUAGAUAGGCUAAAGAACACACCAGAUAAACGCAUUAUUGAUGUGCUUCGGAUUAGUUUUGAUGGACUGGAUGAAAAAGACAGAGAAAUAUUCCUACAUAUUGCUUGCUUUUACAGGGGGAAGGAUAAGGAUCGUGUGACACAAAUACUAGACUAUUGCCAGCUAAACCCUGUCAUUGGUUUGAGUGUUCUUGCUGAUAGAUCUCUCAUAACUAUCUCCAACAACGAACUGUGGAUGCAUGAUUUGCUACAAGAAUUGGGCUGGGAAGUUGUUCGUGAACAGUCUCCUAAAGAGCCAGGCAAACGUAGUAGAUUAUGGUCUCAUGAAGACAUCAACAAUGUGCUGAAGAAAAAUAUGGGAACAGAUUCAAUCCAAGGCAUGGUAAUGGAGUGGACUAAAUUACAAGUGGCUCAUUGGAAGCCAGAAGCCUUUUCAAAUUUGUCUCAACUUAGUCUUCUCCAUAUUUGUAAUGUGGACCUUCCUGACGGCCUCACUUGUCUUUCUAAUUCCUUGAGACUCCUCGAAUGGACUGGGUAUCCUUUGAGAUCUCUCCCACAAAACUUUGAAGCAGAUGAACUUGUUGAACUUAACUUGUGCCACAGCAACAUUGAACAGCUUUGGAAGGGAACAAAGAAUUUUGACAAGUUGAAGUUCAUCAAACUCUGCCAUUCUCACAACAUUGUGGAGACCCCAGACCUUGCAGGCGUUCAGAAUCUUGAGAGUUUAGAUCUUGAAGGAUGUGAGAAUUUGUUAAGAGUCCAUCAAUCCCUUGGAUUUCUCAAAAAGCUUAUUGUCCUGAAUCUUAAAGACUGCAAGAGUCUCGAGAGUCUGCCAAGUAUAAUUGAAAUGGAAUCUCUUGAAACAUUAAUUCUUUCUAACUGCUCAAAAGUUAAUAAGAUUCCCGAGUUUGUUGGAAAUAUGGAACGUUUGUCGGCGCUUUAUCUUGAUGAGACUGCCAUUGAGGAACUGCCUGUGUCAAUUGAACGGCUGAGUGGCCUUCUGUCAUUGAAUCUAAGCAACUGCAGAAAUCUUGUCUGUCUUCAGAGCACCAUCAAUAAAUUGAAGUCUAUUGAAGAUCUUAAUCUUUCUGGAUGCUUGAACCUCGGCAAACCUCAGGUAAAUGUGGGGGUGAUGGACUGUUUUGAGGAAACUGAUGUGAAUAGUGGGUCUGCAAUAGAAAUGUCGUCUACCCAUGAUCGCAAGAAAAAAGGGAGAGGUCCAAUCUUUCAAGGAUGCAAAGUAGUUUGGCGAUCUUUCAAAAAGUUCUUGCCUUCUGGAUUGGUGCAAAAAGUGAAUAUAGAGCCAAAGAGCUUCCACUUGCCUAUAUCACAAAACGUGAAUGCAGAGCCAAAGAGUUUCCACCGGCCUAUAUCCCAAAAAGUGAAUGCAGAGCCAAAGAGUUUCCACUCGCCUAUAUCACAAAAAGUGAAUGCAGAGCCAAAGAGCUUCCACUCGCCUAUAUCACAAAAAGUAAAUACAGAGCCAAUGAGUUUCCCCUUGCCUAUAUCUGGUCUGUGUAAUUUAAUAAAUCUGAACCUGAGUAAUUGCAAUCUUGGUGAAGGAGCAUUUGCCAACGAAUUUGGUUACUUUCCCUCUUUGGUGACCUUGAAUCUAAGUGGGAACAAUUUUGUUCGUCUUCCUUCAGGCAUUGGAUUGCUUUCUAAGCUUGAGAACUUUAACUUGGAGAAUUGCAAGAGACUUCAAGAGUUGUCAAACCUUCCAUCAAAUAGUAUACUAGAUUUAAGGGCAGAUGGUUGUACUUCACUGAAAUACUUGUUUGAUGCAUCAAAUUUGAACAGAUUAAACAAAUCAUAUUUCAAUUUCAUCAAUUGCUUCAAUCUAAACAGCAAUCAAGGAUGCAAUAACAUAGCAUUCGAAAUGCUGAAGACAUUCAUGUAUCAGGGAAUCUCUAAUAGCAGGGAAACUUUUCAAAUUGUAAUUCCUGGAAGUAAUAUUCUUGAGUGGUUCAGCCAUCAGAGUGUUGGGUGUUCUGUAAGUGUAUCUCUACCUGCACAUUGGAAUAACAGUCGGGUUUUGGGAUUUGCUCUGUGUGCUGUUUUUGUACUCCAUGAGCACCUUCAGGUGGAUAAGCUUUAUAUAGAUGAAUUCAAGACUUUUAAUGCAACACAUCAUCUUGUAUGUUGCCUGAAGCUUGAUGGAAGAGAAUUGGAAGUAUAUGGCAGACAGCCUGCAUUUCGCUUUAGUGAAGAAUUUUGUAAGGUUAAGUCAGAUCACCUGUGGCUAUUCUAUGUAUCUCGUGAUAAAUACUUUGGUACAGAGUGGUGGCGUAAUAGUUGCAGUCAGUUUGAGUUCUUAUUUGAAACCAGAGGGCCAGGUCUGAAGGUGAAGGAGUGUGGAGUCCGUCUGAUAUAUGAGCAAGAUGUGCAGGAGUUGAACAAAACAACCACUCAAUCAAGUAGUGGGAUGUCUCCUUACGAGGAUAUAUUGAUUAGUUUUGACAUUCCAGUUGCAGGGGAAACCAGUGGCAGUGGUAGCAGAACUUGCACGCUUGAAGAAUUAUAAGACUGGCAGAAAUAUAGGGUAUCCACCACUGGCCACUCUGAAAGACCAUAAUUAAGGACUUUCUGAUCCCAUGGUUGGAAAUGAGUUGCAGAUCAUGAAUGGCCAAUGCCUCUUCUCUCAUUUUGAAUUUCUGCAGUAAUUACUUUCUGGAGCUCUCUUGCCUUCAUCUUUUACAGUUAGCAACACUGCUAGCUGGGGAUAGAUCUGUAGCUGGGUUGAUAUUCAUUCUGGCAUCAGAUAAAUCUUGCACGCAUCUUGGAAACUUUUGCACUGGGCUGAACAUACAUAUAGAGAAAUGGUUGAAAAUACAUCUCAGGUAGAUGGUGAUGAUGUUGACUGGGAUACUGAUGAUGAGCUUGAGAUUGAAAACUUCACUUUAUCUUCUUCAGCUAAUCCAGACUCUGGGGAGGGAAACCUUAUAUCUGACACACAGAUUCAUAUUUCUUUGAAGAUUUAUGAUAUGAAUCUAUUAUGUGAUAAGUUCAUUGGGACAGAUGAAAUACUGGCUUGCUUUGUACAUUAUCAACUGUGCAAAGUGUUUCUUCACUGGAUAUUCUUGAAAACUCUGCAUCUAAUUAACUAGUAAAAAUGCAUGUGGAUGAUAUUCAGGUUUCUGUAGAUUAUUGACUUUUUCUUUUAAUUAUUUUUCCUUGAAAAGCAGUGAUUGAAUAUUUCAAAUAUCGAAGAUGUAUGUUUUAGUGCUUUUGCUUUCAGAAAAUUUAAUUAUCGGUUUUAGCUGAAAGAUUUCAAAAUUCACGCUUGCAUCCUGUAAUCUCAUGCUAUGGUUCAAAGUUAGCUGAGACUGCAUGAGUGGAAUUAAGGUAUGGGAAGGUUGAAUCCCAAUUUGAACUAGAAGUGUGGCAUUCUAUUCUACCUAACCAAACUGUAGCACCCUAUCAUUGUACAGUGCCUUGUUGCUGUUCAGCUAAUUGUGUUCGACUAAUUUGGUUUCCCUGAGCACACUAUCGUCCUCUUUUGUCAAGUAUUCGCAGUUUUGUGUUUGCCUAUGGGAUAUUGGACUAGGUCAGUAGAUAAUUAAUCUGGGGAGUAUAACCAUGUAUUUUGCAUUCAUUCAUUGUCAAAGCUGUAUUGCACGAUUGUUUUAGUCAGCCUGUUGGUCCUUAGCUUCUACUGUAGCUAGAUUUUUUUUUUAUUACAGGUGUGUCUGGUUAUCUGCCUCAUAUAUUUCUACAUCAUUUAAGCCUAAUUUUCAUAUCGUCUCACUAAUUGUUUCGCUUUAAUUGUUUUUCAUGUACAUAUUGAUAUUGUCUUCUCUAAAAAUCUUAUAAUCCCCAUAGGUUUUCAUUUCCACUAGAUGGAAGCACUGCUCUUGCUUUUGCUUUAGUGUCCAGCAUUGUGCCCAUCUUCCAUCUUUCUUACCUAUCCUUGUAAAUUCAAAAUGAAAUUGAUGAGGAUAAGAGGAACAAAAGAAAAAAGAAAAAAAAAAUAGAACAUUAAACUGGCAUCAAAAUUUCUGGUUAAGAUUUCUAAAUUAAGCAAUGGUGUUCAAUUUACAUUGUCUUGUGAGUACAUAAUCAAUUGCUAUCUUGUUAGAUUGUUAACCAAUUGUUCAGAUUCAUCUGUCAUUUCAUGGUAGUAUAAUGCACAUAUUUAUUGUUUUUGCAAGUUGAGUUGGUCCCAGGUUGAUGACUCGCAAUAAACAGAAAUAAGAUUUUACAUUCUUCUGCUUUCUUGCUAUUAUUUUGCAGGCCCUUGAAUUUAGUCCUCCGGAGCAACAUUCUCUGCCAGAGAUUCUCCUCCAGAACAGUGCUCUCCUCAAGAACAGCAACAAACUGACUCGGAUCUCUUUUCUUCAGAUUAUGAUGGGAGCUUUCUAGAUAGUUUUUCAGAUCUCAAUAGCUCUGAUGAUGAGGCUUGUACAUCAAUUUACAUGGGAUUAUUGGUCCAUGGCAAUGCCACUUCUCUUGCAUGUUACAUAUGUGGACUUCACAGAAAAUUAAUCAACUAUUUUUGCAGGUAAUCAUCGAUCCUACAUCUGAGGUCGAGACAAAACUUAUGUCCUUGGUUAAAAUGGGGUAUUCAAUGGCUAUAGAAAGAUGCGGUAUUGACUCGUCACUUGUUGAUUUCACUGAUUUCAUAUCAGCUGCUCAAAUUUCAAAGGCAGAAGAUGGCCAUCUUCCCCUUGAAGAGAUGCGUACACGUGUGGAGUGAGUAUCCUGAGAAGAGUAAGAGGAAACUUUGUGAAUCUUCAUUGCUGAAAAGGAAAAGGAUUAUCGGACAUGGAAACCAGAUCAUAGGGGAAGAUGCUGAUGCAAUUCAUCUCCCAAAUCCAAUGGUUGGGUUUGGGACUCCAGAUCUCUGUCAAAUCUACCAAAAUCUUCCAAAGGCAGCCGCAGGACCUCCUUAUUUUUACUAUGAGAAUGUGGCAUUGACACGUAAAGGAGUUUGGAGCACAAUGUCCUGCUUUUUGUAUGACAUGAAGCCUGAGUUUGUUGAUCCGAAGUAUUUUUGUGCUGCUGCAAGAAAAAGGGGCUAUGUUCACAAUCUUCCAGUCAAAAACAGAUUUCCUCUCGUUCCCCUUCCACCACAAACUAUAUUUGAUGCAUUUCCCAUGACAAGUGGAAUCUUGUUUGGGGAAAGAAAAAGUGGCCCCACUUGAGCCUGAUGAAGUGGAAAUGCUUUUGAAGGGACCAGACAAGGGGAAUAAGCAGGACAGAUAGAUAUAAGUCCCUGUGAAAUUCAUUCCAGAUUGAUACAGUGGCUUAUCACCUGUCAGUUUUGAAAGAUCGAUUUCCCAAUGGCAUCAAUGCCCUCUCUCUCUCCCCUCUGGUAUUGGUGGUGCAGAGAUAGCUCUUUACGGGCUUGGUAUCCCGAUGAAGAAUGUUGUCAGUGGAGAUUUCAGAGGUGAGCAGAAAUGUUGUGAGGUGUUGGUGGGAGCAGACAAACCAGAGAGGAAACUUGUAUCACCUUGCUGAUGUGCAAGAGUUGAAUGCUGACCGCUUAGAGCAUUAUAUCAGUUCCUUUGGCGGGUUUGCACUGGUGAUUGGCGGCAGUCCAUGCAACAAUCUUGCAGGUAGCAAUAGACACCAUCGGGAUGGGCUUAAGGCUAAAGAGUCUUCUCUUUUUUAUGACUAUUUUUGUAUAUUGGAUUUGGUCAAGGGUAUUAUGGCAAGAUACAAUUGAUCGAGUGUGUAACUCUAUAUUUUAGAUGAAUGAACCAUUGAAUCUCUUUGUUUCUGACUAUUAA